UGCAUGUUUGCAGUCGGACGAUCCUUGGUGACGUGCCCCGUAAACACAGAAGCCGGAAGUGUAGGGAAAACCCAACUCACGUGUACAACAUGAAAAAUACAAAAAAGCCCAAUAAUGGGUCCAAAAAGGGAAAAUUCAAGCCGGGAUCCAAGAAAAGAGAAAACAAGUGCAUCGUAACGUUUGACGACAAAGACAGACAGGAGUAUUUAACUGGUUUCCAUAAGCGAAAGGUGGAAAGGAGAAAAGCAGCCGAGGCAGAAAUUCGGAAGAAAAUCAAGGAAGAACAGAUCAGAGUCAGAGAAGAGAGGCAUAAGGAAUACAUAAAGAUGCUGAAGGAGAGGACCGAUGCUCUUGAGGCCGCCGAAGAAGAUGAUCUGGAAGACGUUAUAACCAACACAACAGAGUCUGUGCAGUACGAUCACCCCAACCACACCGUCACCGUUACGACCAUCAGUGAUCUUGACCUCACAGGGGCUCACCUGCUUGGGCCUGCAGCUUGCCAGGAUAAUGGGGAGGGGAGGGAGGAAGAGGAGGAGCAGACAACAGCAAUGCCAAGAAAAGCCGGGAAUCCAAUCAUGAAUAAAAAGAUCCGCUCCCUAACUGCGUCGCUCAACAGUUUCACCACCAAGAGGAAGAGGAAAGGGAAGCAGGAAGGCCGAGGAGGACGGGGCCGUCAGACAGACAAGAGACAGGGUGCCCCAGAGAGUAAAAACAGAGCUGGGAGGACCAGCAAGUGGCAGAGACGUCGAAAGACUGGGAAAAGAGAGCAUCAUCAGGAGUGAAGAGUGAACCGUGAAGAGAAUUGACUUCCUGUGUCUGAGUCUCACAAGUGAAUACAUUGGAGUAUUUAUGCUCCUGUGUUUCAACAGGAUUUGUGUAUGCUGAGAAGAUUGUUAAAUGAACACAAGCUGAUGUGGACGAUCACUGUCGGACCAUGUUGGACCGUCUGUCAUGGCGUCGCUUAAUGUUUCCAGCGCCCCCUGAAAUCUUGUGCUCAGAUUUGUACGUCUUUCAAAGCAAAGCUGUUUUUUGUAGUGUUAUUUCUUAAACGUUAACAAUUUGUACUGUAUUUCCUGAAAUCUUCAUUAAAUAAAAGAUAUAUCCUGCUAGUAAGUGA